CGCUCCACACAGACGAGCCCUCGCCAGCAACCUCACAUCUGCCUCAGACAGAACAAAGCUGACAUAAGAGCAGAAGACAUGGCUGUGGUUAGUGGAACUUACCGUAUGGUGUCGGAGGAGGAGCAGGCUCUCCGGGCCAAGUUGGAGCGUCUCACCGUCAAGGACCACGGGCCGGUGUUCGGACCCUGCGCCAGCCUGCCGGACCACACCAAGCAGAAGGCCAAGGACGAGCUGAGCGAGACAGAUGAGAAGAAAGUGUCAGCAGCGAAGGAACUGCGAGAGAUAAUAAAGGAGAAGGCUGAUGGAGGGGACGACCUGGCUAAGGGCGUGCAGGACACGUUUGGGGAGAAACCGGACGAGAUGCUGCUCCGCUUCAUCCGUGCCAGGAAGUACGACGUGUCCAGAGCCUACGACCUCAUGAAGGGCUACGUGCGUUUCAGGAAGGAUUACCCCGAGCUGUUUGAGAAUCUGACCCCGGAGGCCGUACGCAGCACCAUCGAGGCCGGAUACCCCGGGAUCCUGCAGAGCAGAGACAAGGACGGCCGCGUGGUUCUGCUCUUCAACAUCGAGAACUGGGACUACGAGGAGAUCACAUUCGAUGAGAUCCUGCGUGCGUACUGUGUGAUCCUGGAGAAGCUGCUGGAGAACGAGGAGACUCAGAUCAACGGGUUCUGCAUCAUAGAGAACUUUAAGGGCUUCACCAUGCAGCAGGCGUCAGGAAUCAAACCCACGGAGCUGAAGAAGAUGGUGGACAUGCUGCAGGAUUCAUUCCCUGCCCGUUUCAAAGCUGUGCACUUCAUCCACCAGCCCUGGUACUUCACCACCACCUACAACGUGGUCAAACCGCUGAUGAAGGGCAAGCUGCUGGAGAGAGUGUUCGUCCACGGAGACGAGCUGGAAAGCUACCACAAGGAGUUUGACGCCGACAUUCUUCCCUCUGAGUUCAAUGGAAAAGGUUCCAAGUACGACGGCAAGGCCAUAGCCACCAAACUGUUCGACUAAACAUCCUCCUCCUCCUUCUUCUUCUGCACCAACGAGGCCGAGAGCUGUCAUAUAUAUUACACACCCUGCAGACUGUGGAGACUCAAGGCCCAGUUCUAGCUGUGUGGUUGUAGGGAGAAAUGUUAUGAAGAAAGUUUGUGACAAGGACGAAUGAUGUUGUUUUCCAGAAGUCCUGACAAAGCACAGUCCAACAGGACACCACUCACACUUAAAUGAUACCACGUUACACCUGUUUUGCUUGAAAAUAUGUAAAGAUGUUACCGUAAUUAAACAAAUGUUUGAGCACUCUGUGUUGCCUUUCUGCUUUCACUACACUGCAAACAUUGCUUGUCAAAUAAAAAAUUUAAGGAAAUCAAACUUAACAUUCUUUUAUUAAACACAAUUCAACAUUGAACAAAACACAUAAAAAACAAAGAUUAUGUUUAAAAGUGGAGUUUUCUACUGACAGCUAGUGGAACUUUGCAGAAUUUAAAUGUAUAACAUAUUCACGUUUAUCCAAAAGAAAGUGCUUCUCAUUUGCCUUUGAGAUGUUCUGUCUCUCUCCUUUGUUUGGACUGUAUUUCAGCCACACGGCUUGUUUCUAACUCUGGCAGGCUCCAGCUUUCUGAGUUUCCACCCUCUGCCCCCCCCCCGUCGUCGUCGUCGUCUCUCCUUGAAGUACAAGGCUGAAAUUCAAGUGCCUGUCUCUCUCUCUCUCGUGUGAUUUUUAGUAUGAAUAUUAGAAAGUUUUACCCCAUCGAGCUUCCUGGUGCACCAAUA